AUGGGUCAGCACUCCGCUAUCUGGCAAGGCUAUGUCGAUUCCAGCUUGAUGGGAUCCGGCCAAUUCGACAAGGCUGCCAUCCUCGCCUAUGACUUCUCCGAUGUUGAGGCUUCGUCCCCCGGCUUCACGAUCGCUCCCCAGGAGCUGACCGGUCUCGCCGCCAUCUUCAAGGACCCCAGCAGCGCCUUCGCCAACGGUAUCAUCGUCGGAGGAGAGAAGUUCGUUACCAUCAAGGCUGACGAGCGCAGCGUGUACGGCAAGAAGGGCAAGGAGGGUAUCGUCAUCGUCAAGGCCAACUCCUGCGUCUUCGUCGCCCACCACGGCGAGGCCGUCCAGACCACCAACGCCGCCACCGUCGUCGAGAACCUCGCUGACUACAUCAACAACCCCCGGUAGAUGGGCCGGUGUAUACACCUAAUCAAAAAGUCUGUCGUUGGGGGCGGGGGUGACAAAGUCAAGGGGGAGCAGUGAUAAUACUCUGAAUGUAGAACACGGUGGUCUCCUUCUCGAUUUUGUCUGUUCUUAAUCUUCUCCUUUGUUAUUUUUCUCCUGUUGUUAUAUGAUAUCAGCCACAACGCGUAGAUAUGUGCAAAUAUGUGCCACCUUUCAUUCUCCCGAGAUGAUUCUGGUCUAGAUGGAUGAUGCAACCUGUCAGAGCUCUUGCGACAUUGUUAGUCCAAUGUGCUCCAGUAUAGGUAAUCAU